UCCGCCCCCUCCCCAGGCCCGCCCCCUCGGAGUCUCCUCCGGCUGCUGUGGGGCUGCGCCGGUGCCGGGGACCCGCUGUCCGGGCGCCAUGCGGGCAUCGCUGCUGCUGUCGGUGCUGCGGCCCGCAGGGCCCGUGGCUGUGGGCAUCUCCCUGGGCUUCACCCUAAGCCUGCUCAGCGUCACCUGGGUGGAGGAGCCGUGCGGCCCAGGGCCGCCCCAACCCGGAGACUCUGAGCUGCCGCUGCGCGGCAACACCAACGCGGCGCGCCGGCCCAACUCCGUACAGCCCGGAGCAGAGCGCGAGAGGCCCGGGGCCGGCGCAGGCACGGGGGAGAACUGGGAGCCGCGUGUCUUGCCCUACCACCCGGCACAGCCCGGCCAGGCCGCUAAGAAGGCCGUCAGAACUCGAUACAUCAGCACAGAGCUGGGCAUCAGGCAGAGGCUGCUGGUGGCGGUGCUGACCUCCCAGGCCACGUUACCCACUCUGGGUGUGGCUGUGAACCGCACGCUGGGGCACCGACUAGAGCGUGUGGUGUUCCUGACAGGCGCGCGGGGCCGCAGGACACCGUCGGGCAUGGCAGUGGUAACGCUGGGAGAGGAGCGGCCCAUCGGGCACCUGCACCUGGCGCUGCGCCACCUGCUGGAACAGCACGGCGAUGACUUUGACUGGUUCUUCCUAGUGCCUGAUGCCACCUAUACGGAGGCACAUGGACUGGCACGCCUAACUGGCCACCUCAGUCUAGCCGCGGCUACCCACCUCUAUCUCGGCAGGCCCCAGGACUUCAUUGGUGGGGAGCCCACCCCUGGUCGCUAUUGCCAUGGAGGCUUUGGGGUUCUGUUGUCUCGCACACUGCUACAGCAGUUGCGCCCCCACCUGGAAGGCUGCCGCAAUGACAUCGUCAGUGCACGCCCAGAUGAGUGGCUGGGACGCUGCAUCCUGGAUGCCACGGGAGUGGGCUGCACUGGUGACCAUGAGGGGGUGCACUAUAACUAUCUGGAGCUGAGCCCUGGGGAGCCCACGCAUGAAGGGGACCCUCGUUUCCGCAGUGCCCUGACAGCGCACCCUGUCCAUGACCCUGUGCACAUGUACCAGCUGCACAAAGCUUUUGCCAGAGCUGAGCUGGAGCGCACGUACCAGGAGAUCCAGGAGUUGCAGUGGGAGAUCCAGAACACCAGCCAACUGGCUGCUGAUGGGGACCAGGCUGCUGCCUGGCCAGUGGGCAUUCCAGCCCCAUCCCGCCCUACAUCACGCUUUGAGGUCCUGCGUUGGGACUACUUCACAGAGCAACAUGCUUUCUCCUGCGCCGAUGGCUCGCCCCGCUGUCCACUACGUGGGGCUGACCAGGCUGAUGUGGCUGAUGUUCUGGGGACAGCCCUGGAGGAGCUCAACCGUCGCUACCAUCCAGCUUUGCAACUUCAGAAGCAGCAACUUGUUAAUGGUUACCGACGCUUUGAUCCAGCCCGGGGUAUGGAGUACACACUGGACUUACAGCUGGAGGCACUGACUCCCCAGGGUGGCCGCCGCCCCCUUACCCGCCGGGUGCAGCUCCUCCGACCCCUGAGCCGUGUGGAGAUCUUGCCUGUGCCCUAUGUCACUGAGGCCUCGCGUCUCACUGUGCUGCUGCCUCUGUCUGCAGCUGAGCGUGACCUGGCCCCAGGUUUCCUGGAGGCCUUCGCCACUGCAGCCCUGGAGCCUGGUGAUGCAGCAGCCCUGACUCUACUCCUACUGUACGAGCCACGCCAGGCCCAGCGGGCGGCCCAUGCAGAUGUCUUCGCACCUGUCAAGGCCCACGUGGCAGAGCUAGAGCGGCGCUUCCCUGGUGCCCGGGUGCCUUGGCUCAGUGUGCAGACAGCUGCACCCUCACUACGCCUCAUGGAUCUACUUUCCAAGAAGCACCCACUGGACACACUGUUCCUGCUGGCCGGGCCAGACACAGUGCUCACACCUGACUUCCUGAACCGCUGUCGCAUGCAUGCCAUCUCUGGCUGGCAGGCUUUCUUUCCCAUGCACUUCCAGGCCUUCCACCCAGCCGUUGCUCCACCACAAGGGCCUGGACCACCAGAGCUGGGCCGAGACACAGGUCGCUUUGAUCACCAGGCAGCCAGCGAGGCCUGCUUCUACAACUCCGAUUAUGUGGCAGCCCGUGGGAGGCUGGCAGCAGCCUCGGAGCAAGAAGAGGAGCUGCUGGAGAGUCUGGAUGUGUAUGAGCUGUUCCUGCGCUUCUCUGGCCUGCAUGUGCUGCGGGCAGUGGAGCCAGCACUGCUGCAGCGCUACCGGGCCCAGUCGUGCAGCGCACGGCUCAGUGAGGAUUUGUACCACCGUUGCCGCCAGAGUGUGCUGGAGGGCCUUGGCUCCCGAACCCAACUUGCUAUGCUGCUCUUCGAGCAGGAACAGGGCAACAGCACCUGACCAUGCUCUGGGCCCCUGCAUUCUGCCUCGCUCCUCCCCAACCAUCUGGAGCCACCUGCCGGCCUUGCCGGACAGGGCUGACUACAGCUUCAGACCCCAAGGACAGCCCUUGGUCCUAUCUAUGACUCUGGGCCCCUGGGCUCAGGACAAGCCCUAAGGGAGGUGCCCCAGAGCCACACCUUUUGCCCCAAACCCAGUUUCCCUGCCCCCCUUGACACUGCUGACUCAGGCUGUGGCCUCAGUGUAUUUAUGCAGUGCUGUCUGUCUGACGCCAGCCAUGCCUCCUGAGGACUGGGCUGCAGUUAAGUUGUUGGACAAGGGGAGGAGUUGAGAAGGGGGGUGUCUUCCACCUUCUCCCUUCUGGACCCCUGAUGAAGUUCCCCGCCUUUAAUAAACUGACUGA